UGCUGGUGCAACAAUGCUUCUGAAAUUAAAGCAUUUACAUUUACAGUUUACAUUUUCAUUGUCUGGCAGUGCGUUACAAAUUGUCAACGUCAAACCAAAACAUCAACAAAUAGGUUUUUGUCGUCGCUUUCCCGUGCGCAUUUGCUUGAGCGUAAGACGUCAAUGGCUUGAGCAGUUCGGGAGCGUGACACUCCGGGUGCAUAUGCAUACAACCAAUUUAAAAGCACUGGAAAGCGGCUCAUGUAACACAAAUGAGGAAAUGAGGCACUGGAAAGUGGCUCUUGUCAGACAGCAGACAUGUCAAAAGUCAUGUUCACAAAUCCUUUUUUUUGUCAUGUCAAUUAUCCUUUUAUCACGAACUGUCAAACAUUUGUAUUGCAGAUCAGAUAAAUAAGAAAAAGUAACAGUGUACUCGUUAUCAUUGUAUUAAAUUAUAUGUGUGAUAUCGAGAUAUUCCAUAGUCGAACUGCAACGGUCAAUUGUAGAAGAAGCCCGUACAGAAUACGUAAAGUUCCUUCCAGCAUCUGCCCUGUUUCCAGACACAGUUGUUUCAAUUAGCUGCUGACCAUGUCAAAGAAACCAACAGCCCAACCAGUCAUCCACAAGGUGAUAAUGGUGGGUUCUGGAGGUGUAGGGAAGUCAGCUCUCACCCUGCAAUUCAUGUACGAUGAAUUUGUGGAGGACUAUGAACCUACAAAGGCAGAUUCAUACAGGAAGAAAAUUCUCCUGGAUGGCGAGGAUGUGCAAAUUGAUAUACUAGAUACAGCAGGGCAGGAAGAUUAUGCAGCUAUUAGAGAUAACUAUUUUAGGAGUGGAGAAGGAUUCCUUUGCAUCUUUUCGAUUACUGAAGACGAGAGUUUUCAGGCGACACAGGAAUUUAGGGAGCAAAUACUUAGAGUAAAGAACGAUGAAAACAUUCCUUUUCUACUCGUGGGUAACAAAUGCGACCUAGAAGAUAAGAGGAAAGUCACAUUUCAAGAGGCUAGCGAAAGAGCGAAACAGUGGGGCGUGCCUUAUGUUGAAACCUCCGCUAAAACCAGGGAACAUGUAGAUAAGGUAUUCUACGAUCUGAUGAGGGAGAUUCGAGCUCGAAAAAUGGACGAGAAUAAGACGAGUAAUGGUAGGGGGAAAGACAAAAGCAAGAAGAAGAGACGUCUGUGUAAAAUACUUUAAUUUAUUACAAAGGGUUUGUAUAUAUGUUUUUUAAUUGUAAACGUGUAUAAUGCUGCUUGUUUAUUUGCUUUGAAAUGUUAUAAAAUCAAGUGACCACAGUAACAUCCUAAAAUAUUCUAGACCAACAGGUUUGCAUCAACUCCAUCGUUUACCUUGAGUUGCUGACUGGUAGGCUGUGAUUCUAUAUAUCUUUUGCGCAUAACAAUUUUUCCACCAAGUUUAAUCAAAUAUUACGCAUGAGUCUAAAUACAUAUUCUAGUGGCGACUACUGAAACAAGCACAAGAAAAUGCAAUUUUGGGCAUAUUCAACGGUAGUCAGUGGUAGAACGAGUUUUUAUUUUUGUUGUGUUUUCAGAAUUGACUGCUACUGUUGGUAAAUUAUGCAUUAGAGCAUAGCACUUUUUCAAAUCUAGAAUAAUUUUAUAAUAUAUAUUUAUUUUCUUUCCGACAAUUUUGAAAAUUGUUGCCCUAAGGAGUAAUAAUGGUAUAUCUUGCAGCGAAAAAGUCAUAUUUCAGAUAUUCUGAAGUUUUGAAUAAAAACCAUUUACGUUUGCCACUAAAAAAAUCGAUCACAAGCCACCACUACAUAUUCCACAGCUCAGGUUAUGGUUGCACUAUUCAAUAUUACUGGUUAUAAAGUAAUUCUACUAAUAUUGUAAGUAUGUAUGUGGUGAUAUGAGUAUGGUAAUUGUCAAAUAAUUAGAGACCUCUACCGUACGCAAAUGGAUAAUUUCGCAAAUCAGAUUGUUGAAAAAAAAAACGAAAAAAUAUACUGCUUAUGAGCAUAUUUCACAAGCAAAAUUCAGUUUUGCUAAUACUAUGAAUAAAAUAGGUACCAAAUUUUACGUUUUUAUUGCGAUACUUGCUACAAUCGACCUAAACGAUUGCAUCAAAAAGGUUGAAUGGUAUUUGAACAAAAAAAUACCUGUUAUGCAAGUAUAGAGAUGUCUUAAGCCUGUAUCGUCAGUCGUCCCUACAAUAAAUUGUAGGGCGCGUUUAUGGCCUCCUUGAUUGUCAUACUCCUUUCUCUCCUUCAAAAGUUUCUAGAUUACACUUGUCCCGUGUUAGCGUCAGCGCUCUCCUAUUGUGAAGAUAUGUUUUCUUUUUAAAUUGUAGGAAAUUUCAGGCUGAUAAAACAUGUUCUAACUCAAAAGCAAGCACAAUUUGAUGCAAGGAGAUGUUUGUGACAUAACCUCAAAAUAGAGUUCCGACACGGAGAAGUAGAAAACUAUGACAAUCAAGGAGGCCAUAAAGGCGCCCUACAAUUGUAGGGACGACUGACGAUACGGGCUUAGUGAUCAAGUAUCCUGUAAGGACGCAUGCCCGUAUAUCCAUUUGGCAAAUGUAUCACUAAUAACAAUACAUUUUAUCGGUGUCAAUGGGUACUUGUUGAUUGAGAGGUCAGUAAAAAAUAUGUCGAAAAAUUGAGAUGAGAUUAAACUUAUUUCCUAGCUUGAAGUAUCUCUGUUAACGAAUUUUGAUAUAGACAUUGAGAAUCACAAAAUGUAUCAACAAACUGGAUUAUAUACCUAGGGGUCUUUAAUUCGUAAGCAACUCUCUCUAUCUUGAUGGCAGAUGGUCAAUGUUCACGAACAUGCACUUGCUAUGCCAAAUUCUAUUUCGAAUCUAAAACAGAAGGUUUAAGUUAUGAUAACACCUCUUUUUGGACAGCAAAAAGAGGUGAAAAGAUUAAUGUUGCUAUAAACGUAUGAAUAUUGAGGUUUUAGAGUGUUAUAUGCUCAUGUUGUUCAAUGCAGAACCGUAUAAUAUAUUCUUCGAUGUUUGUGUUCUAAUGUGUAUAACACCAUAUAGUAAGAGCAAGAGUUUGCUGCAAAAAUACGAGCCGACGGAGCAAAGAUACAGUUGUGCCAAAGUGAGUCCAAAGAGAAGUUAUACUAAGAGAAGACACUUCGUGUAAUGUCUUUGAAAUCCGCCGGACGUUGGGUUUUAACUGCAUUUCGGAUUUACGACAAACACACAGCGAUCUAUGAGCGAACCGGCCUUGGUUUGACGGUUCGCUCAUAAAUGAUUCGGCUAUCAAUCGAGGCAAUGUUGAGAAACUGAGACCUAAAUAAUGUUUACAAACUGCUACAAGUAUACUAAGCUGAAUAAACCACAUUUCAUUUCACGAUUUUUGGCGGUUAUACUAUAUCCGAAUAUGAAAUAAGUAAGAUUGUUUUAACUGCACCACUUUCAUAGCCGAACUUUCCUAGGGAAAUGCCACCCUGCACAGGCCGAUCCCUAAUGCGGCUGCUACUUGCUCUUGCAUACACACACGAACUGCGUAACAGGGAUCAUUGUUGUUGCUAAAUUUUGGUGGAGUAGAAGUCGUGCACAGUUAAAUAGCAGAACGUUUAUUAAAACAAUGAAUUGGAACAGUAGCUUCACAACGUGGGCUUAAACUUAUCGUCAUCGAAAAUGACUUCACAAAGACAUCGACAUCACAUAUGUCAAGGACAAUUCAGGCAGGGUUGCCAAGCUUCCAAUUUUCUAGUUAAGCUGGUACAUUAACAGUUUUCACUCACUUUUGAAAAUAAUCCAAAAAAUUUAACACAGCCUAUUGAUACUGUAGAUGUAUUUUCAGGCAUUGCUCCGUUUUAUAUCGGAGAUCAAAAAGAGGUAAACUCAAAUCGCAACUUUUCAUACUGACAGCGACAAGUAUAAAUGUGGAAGAGUCGUACUUUGACGAGAAAAUCUUUAAGGCGGUGAGAUAAAACUAAAAAACGUACUCGUAUGUGAGCUUACACAAAGGUUCCUGCACAGAUGGCUAUUGAACAUGUAUUUGUGAAGAAGAUUAAUGUAUGAAAGUAAUUCCUCUAGUUUAACCCUUCUACUGUGACCCGCAUAAAACCAUGAAAGGAUCUAUAACAGUUGUCAUAUUGUUGCGCAUCUCCCAAAUUCUACACACUAUUUGACUCAUUCGAUAACUAAUGGAGGUUUUAUGAAUACCAUUUAUUAAUGGAUCUAUUAGUUAAUGUGAAGAAUUAUUAGAAUGUCGGUUAUCUUUUGUGAUUGCUCUGAUCGAUACACUAUAACAGAUAUCCCUACCAUGAAGAAAUAUCCAAACCAAAGUAGAGUUGAACAAAACAUGUUUAAGCCUUCGCUGCAAGUAAUAGACAAUGGAUUCAUUCAAAAAGGAUUACCUUUGCGGCCGUAUCGCAUUUAUCUCUGACGAAGUACGCACAACACGUGUUGGACCCCAUCAGUUGUUUUUGGUUACGCCUCUAUCUGUCUCUAAUUUUAUUUGUCUUGCCUGUCUUCUCUUGACUAUUCGAUGACUUAACAGCAGGAUGUCUUUGUUUACCGAUCGCUUUCAUUGACCUUGUUCAAAUUGCUUUAGUACUGCAUUGGUCAAUGUCUAUAUUACGACAAAACAGCCCUAAAUAAGCGAACGGCCAUAGCGAGGGCAAAAUGCUGAGGAAGCAACCAUGCAAUGUCGCCAAGUUGCCAAAAAUAUUUAAAAACUGCUGUAAUGAACUCAAUAAAGUAACAGAUUUGUAUAAAUUGCAGCUUAUACACGGUUCUUCGUUCCUGUCAUCCAAUCAUGCCAUUUUUGUGUUUCACAAGAAUAAAAAUGGAAAAUGAAAGGGCCAAUCUUCUUUCGCGUACUAACGCACCAGAUCAGUGCAAGAUCAAAUAGGUGCAUUGCAUUACUGGAGAUAAACAUGUGCAGUAGUAUAUUGCCGAUACAAUGGGGGGUCAAUGAUUGGUUUAAUAGAUUCAGUUGCUUAAAUAUUUUCCAACUUGCAACUAACGCAUUGAAUGAAAUAUAUAUUUGGUGGGCUGCGAUUGGAUUGUAAAUAUCCCCAAUAUGAAUAAUGUUCCUUUUCAAAUUUGGUACUACUUAUUGGCAUCUAUGUAUUGGCGUUCAGUCAGCUUAACCCACUGUCAAGAGGCGCCUCGGUAAUUUUGUACCGCAUAUUCUUUUUGUUGGCUUGUAUUUUUACUGUUCAUUCUUGUUCGUUUUGUCUAUUUGUCACUUUUGUGUGAAAAAUACAUCACUCCUUUGUGCUUACUGUCACCCCAAAGUGCAUUUCGUUUGAUGUUAUAGAUAACCUAUUGAAUAAUAAUUGUGUUAUGUUUAAUUAAAAAAAUCGAGAAUGAUCUUGCCGCGAGUAACUUAGGACGAAAAAUUUAUCCCAAGAAGAAAUUCAUUUUAUUUGCUAUAAAGGCAUACAAAACGUUAUUAUAUGAUUUUUUCAUGCAUGUGACGAAAAACCACAUUGUACAUUCCCAUAAUAGAGAUAAAAACGAGUCUAGUGUUUUAUCGGUGACAGUAAUUUGUUUGUUUGGUGUUAGAUUGUUUACAUUUAGAGCUUUGAUUUUAUUGUCACACAUACAAUGUAAGAUGUAUACACGAGGAACAGUGAAAGAAUUAUGUAAGGAAUAUAUAUUUUCGUUUUUAUGUACUUUUGUAUACUGCCAUAGCAAUUAUCAAUAAAUUUUUUAUUAGAA